AUGGGUAGGUUAUUCAGGCUACAAGUUCUAAACUUGAACAGUAACUUGUUUGGAGGACAAAUUCCAGCAAGCCUCUUGAACUGCAGUAACUUGAGGGUCCUUCGUUUAACCAACAAGAAGUUGAUAGGAAAUAUUCCUAAAGAUGCUUUCACUCAAUUAGUGCAACUUCAUAUGAGCUCCAACAAUUUGUUAGGAUCAAUUCCGCCUUGUUUUGGGAACCUUUCCACUCUCAAACUUUUCUUGGCGCAAAAAAAUUUGUUAGAGGGAAGUAUUUGGGACUCACUAGGUAGCUUGAAAAGCUUAACAUAUGUUUCAUUAUCGGCAAAUAAGCUAACAAGUACAAUUCCUCCAUCUAUCUAUAAUAUCUUAUCAUUGACUGCUUUUGAGGCACCAAAUAAUCUACUUGAGGGAAGUCGCCCUCAAAAUUUAGGCCCCACUUUGCCAAAUAUCAAAAGGCUUAAUCUUUGGGGAAACCAACUAAGUGGAUCGAUUCCAUUGAAUUUAUUUACGGUUGGUUUGGGAACUGGAGAUGCCAAUGACCUUGAUUUCGUCUCCGAUUUAGCCAAAUGUAGCAAAUUGAGUGUGAUAGAAUUAGAAGAAAAUAAUUUUGGAGGUGUUUUGCCGAAUUCCUUAGCCAACUUCUCAACCAAACUUCAAUAUUUAACUGUGGCAAAAAACAAGAUAUUUGAAAACAUACCAACAGAUAUUGGAAAUCUUGUGAGCUUAAAUGCUCUAGAUUUACACUACAAUCAAUUGACAGGAAGCAUUCCAAACUCCAUCGGUAAACUUGAUAAGCUUCAACAAUUGGGUUUUGGUAAAAACAAAUUGUUUGGAGAAAUCCCUUCCUCCAUUGCAAAUUUAACAUUGUUGACCAAGCUUUGCAUACAGCGAGAAGCAAUUGGUCUCUCAUCUUUGUCAAUAUCUUUGGACUUUUCUGGAAACUAUCUAACUGGGUCCCAUCCCUUUGGAAGUUGGAUUUUGAACCUUUCUUUCAAUGAUCUUGGGGGAGAGAUACCAAUAGCGGGGGUGUUCCAAAAUGCAACUGCAAUUUCAGUUUCGGGAAAUAACAAGCUUUGUGGGGGUAUACCUACACUACAAUUGCCGUCAUGUGCUUUGAAAAUGGCAAGAAAGUUAAUUAUUCCUAUAGUUUGUGGGGUAUUGGGUAUAAUUUUUGCAUUAUCUAUUCUGUUGCUUUGUUGGCUUAGAAAGAUGAGAAAGCAAUCUAUUGUGGCAUCUUGUUUGAUGGAUUCUUCUAUGGAUAUGUCAUAUAGAAAACUCUUCAAAGAAACAAAUGGGUUUUCUUUAGACAACUUGAUUGGUAGCAGAAGUUUUGGUUCAGUAUACAAAAGAAUUCUUCACCCAAAUGAAAAGGCUAUUACGGUGAAGUUAUUAGAUCUAGAAAAUAGAGGAGCGUCAAGAAGUUUUAUCACUAAAUGCAAAACUUUGGGAAACAUUAGGCAUCAAAACCUCGUCAAGAUUAUAAAUGCUUGUGCAAGUGUUGAUUUCCAAGCAAUUGAUGUGGCUUCUACUCUGGAUUAUCUUCACAAUCAUUGUUACAACACGAUCAUACAUUCUGAUAUAAAGCCAAGCAACAUUCUUCUUGAUAGUGACAUGACAACCCAUGUUGGUGAUUUUGGUUUAGCAAGGCUCUUACAACAACCCAACAAUGAACUUUCAAAAGCCAAACUAGCUUUGUUGGUAUCCAUUCAUGGUGAUGUAUACAGCAAUGGAAUCCUCUUGUUAGAAUUGUUCACAAGAAAAAGACCCACUGAUGGCAUGUUUAUAGAUGGCUUGAACCGUCACAGAUUAGCCAAGAUAGCUUUGCCAAAAAAUGUGAUGGAGAUUAUUGAUCAGAAACUUGUAUCAGCUGUAAAAGAGAAGGAAACAAGCAAAGCAAAUUCCAAGACACAAAUGGAAAGGGAAAAAUUCAUUAAGUCUGUAAAUCUGAUACUCAGGGUUGGAGUCGAGUGCUCCAAAGAAUCACCAAGAGAUCGAAUAACCAUUGUUGACGCGGCUAAGAAACUACAUUUAAUUAAGGAGAUGCUACUUGGGAGAAGGAUUUCCACCAAUGUGUAA